AUGGAUAUAGCAACAGGUCCCGAGUCGCUGGAUAGGUGCUUUCCCCGCGGGCAGACGGACUGCGCUAAGAUGUUGGACGGCAUCAAGAUGGAGGAGCACGCCCUGCGCCCCGGACCCGCCACUCUGGGGGUGCUGCUGGGCUCCGACUGCCCGCAUCCCGCCGUCUGCGAGGGCUGCCAGCGACCCAUCUCCGACCGCUUCCUGAUGCGAGUCAACGAGUCGUCCUGGCACGAGGAGUGUUUGCAGUGCGCGGCGUGUCAGCAAGCCCUCACCACCAGCUGCUACUUCCGGGAUCGGAAACUGUACUGCAAACAAGACUACCAACAGCUCUUCGCAGCCAAGUGCAGUGGCUGCAUGGAGAAGAUCGCCCCCACCGAGUUUGUUAUGCGGGCGCUGGAGUGUGUGUACCACCUAGGCUGUUUCUGCUGCUGCGUGUGUGAGCGGCAGCUCCGAAAGGGCGACGAGUUUGUGCUCAAGGAGGGCCAGCUGCUGUGCAAGGGGGACUACGAGAAGGAGAAGGACCUGCUCAGCUCUGUGAGCCCCGAUGAGUCUGAUUCUGUGAAGAGCGAGGACGAAGAUGGGGACAUGAAGCCAGCUAAGGGUCAGGGCAGCCAGAGUAAGGGCAGUGGGGAUGACGGGAAGGACCCUCGGAGGCCCAAGCGACCGCGGACCAUCCUCACCACGCAGCAGCGAAGAGCCUUCAAGGCCUCCUUUGAGGUCUCCUCCAAGCCCUGCCGAAAGGUCCGGGAGACACUGGCAGCAGAGACGGGCCUCAGCGUGCGUGUGGUCCAGGUCUGGUUUCAGAACCAAAGAGCAAAGAUGAAGAAGUUGGCGCGGCGGCACCAGCAGCAGCAAGAGCAGCAGAACUCCCAGCGGCUGGGCCAAGAGGUCCUGUCAAGUCGCAUGGAGGGCAUGAUGGCCUCCUACACGCCACUGGCCCCACCACAGCAGCAGAUCGUGGCCAUGGAGCAGAGUCCCUAUGGCAGUAGCGACCCCUUUCAGCAGGGCCUCACGCCACCCCAAAUGCCAGGUGACCACAUGAACCCCUAUGGGAAUGACUCCAUCUUCCACGACAUCGACAGUGAUACCUCCUUAACCAGCCUCAGCGACUGCUUUCUAGGCUCCUCGGACGUGGGCUCCCUGCAGGCCCGUGUGGGGAACCCCAUCGACCGGCUCUACUCCAUGCAGAGCUCCUACUUCGCUUCCUGAGAGCCCGCCAGGCCGCACGGACGCUUGGGCGAGAGUCCUGGGGUGCACUGCGGCCACAGAGGCCGGCCUCACCACCCCGGCCCACCGCCCGCCCAGACUCUGCAGACAGCCAUAUGGUGCCCUCCCUGGGCCAGCCAGGUGGGCAGAUGGGCGCAGCCUGGGCAGGGGCUGUGUCCCACCCACAGGGAUCCAGUCACCAGGACCCAGAGUUCUCGGACAGUCACUUGCCACCCAGCCCCACCUCGGCCUCCACCACCUCCUUCUCCCUCCCCAACUCUUUUUUUGGGAACCUUAAAUUCUCUCUAUUUUUUUAAAUGUCCUCUCUGUGUGAAGCCAACCUCCAUGGGCUGGGCCUAGGCCCAGGCAGGAACCCGUGCAUGCUCCAAGACGAUGACGUGCACACUGCCUCUUACCUGCAAGAAGUGUGUGUGCCUGAGCCCCACACUGGUGACCACCGCCCCCACCUCUGAGGGCAGGCCUGCCAGCUAGGCUCACCACCCCCAGGCCCAGAGCAGAAGUAGGGAACAGCCUGGCCGGUAUGCCAACCCCACCACAGCUCUGGCUGAGGAGGGGAAGGGUAGCCACCAGGAAAGGGCAGACAGAGCCCAGGCAGACUCGAAGGGAUGGAGACACAUGUGCAAAAGCACACACACUCACAGGCACACCCACACAGAUCCCCACACAGACAUGUAGAGACGCUGAGAGACAGAGAGGCCUUCUGCGGCCAGCCCUGCCGUGUUAGGAAGGGGAGAGGAGUUAGGCAGGGGCAGGGACUUCUUCUUCCCGCUGCAGUCAGAGGAACGUGGAGGAAGGGGAGGGGAUGGGACUUGAAGCGGGUGGACCCAGAUAUACCCUGGCCUCAGCCCAGAUGGGUGCUGCCUGGGUAGGCGGGACAGCUGCAGGCCCAUCCAACUCCAAGGGCAGAGACAGGGCCCACAGAACCAGGGAUUGCCAAGCCAAACGGCAGAACCUCUCUGUGAAGGGGACCCCGAAAGUCACCCACUCAGCACUUCAUCUGAUGUCUGGCUCCUGACCAAGCCACCUCUGCCUCUCCUCAAAUACCUCCAGCGACAGGGAGCCCACGGUUUCCUCAGGCCCCAAGUCACCUGCCCUUUUCUGCUGAUUUCACCUCUGCCUCUUUCAGUCCUUGCUUCUCAAAGCCAGGCUUGUCCAGUUUCUCUUAAAACUGCACCCCUAGCUGGUCUCCAGCUUCCUCUCUGAGGAUGUGGGGCAGAUACAACCCAAUCUUCCCAGUGACAUCAGCCAGCCAAAGUGAGCCGGCCCAUCACCUCCCCAACUGUAGGCACUCUGCCUCUGUUAAUAUAACCGAGAUGCAGUGAAUGGUUUAGGCCACAUACCUUGCAAACUCAACCUGUCUUUCUAUAACUGAACCCCCUGACCCCCGCACCUCAUACCCACACACACUGCAGUAAGCUACAUCUCUCUUCUCUCUGUGUGUAGGGGGAGGGGGCAUUUACUGUGUAGACCCAGCGAAGGACAUUGACUUUUCUUGUUACAUUUCCCUUUAUUUGACUGAGUACAGCCUGUGGAGUUCCUCUGUAUCCCAGCUCCGGGACCACCGGUCGGCUCUCCCUCCUGAGCAUAUCUGCUGACGUGAGGAGUCAGCCCUGUGAGUCUCACCCAAGGUGUGCGGACCAUCAGGGCCUCUCCCUGUCUGGUCUUGGCCCCUUAACCAGACCUCCCUGGAGGAUGCACUCUAACCUCCCUUGCAGCCCUGUUUUGUCAAAUACCCUGCUGGAAGCCAGAUACACUACAUCACUCCCACCCCAAACUGUUCUACUGUAACCCUGUCAAAAGAGGAAGUGAGGCCAGGGUGAGGGGCCCUGUCUCAGUGACCCCUCGCUGAGCCCUGGUGGCCGCUGUAUCCUCGGCCAGGUGCUCACUGCCCUGCCUUUAAUUCUCUCUGCCUUGGGGCCCUGCUGCCUGGCCCUCUCCGGGAUCCUCCAAGUUCCCCAGUGCUCUGUGGUUUUGCUCCUCUGUCCACGGUGGAGGCCUGAGGGCCUGGGCCGGUGUCCCCCCAACUCCUGGGCUCUUACACUCACGCUGGCAGGGGCAUGCGGAGAUGUGGCUCAGUAUCCACCCUCAUACCGAGCAGACAGCCCGGCCCUCUGUGCUCUCCCCUUCCCAUACAACUUCUGCAAAGAUAUCAGCUGAUGUCCUUGGCACUGCUGCAGCCUCCACACACCCCCAGGCUCCGUGCCAUCUCAGUCCUGUGCCACCCCCAGCCCCUUUGGCAGCUAUGCUGGUUUCUCGAGAGAUGCUCCUUUCUUCCCUUUGUGCUCACAUAGUCCAAAUCGUGCUGGGGCACUUGGGGCAUCGUCAGCGGGUAGAUGUCCUGGCCCCCCAGGGAGCCUGGCCCUUCUCUUCCAGACUCUAAGUUGGAAGGAACCUAGGAAUGUGCCAUCUAGUCCAUCACCUUUAUUUCACAGCUGGGAAACCUGGGCCAGGUGAGGGAGAGAACAGGGAUGCCCUGCCAGUCCCUCCUCCAUCCAUCUGGUGAACGCCCCCCAGGCCAGGGGGCAUGCCUUGUCCUAGUAAACUCUGGCUGGCCUCUCCCCACUCCAGGGCCUCACGAUCUCCCAAGUCCAGCCCAGGCUCUACCCCCACCAUGCACUGCCCCCUGCCAGGUGCUGGUACAGGGACACCCACAUGCAUGACGCACAGAUUAUCAAAGCCAGAGGGACUUGAGAGGGCCCUUCGUGCCAGAGACGCCCCGUCAGCCAUGGUUUGAGCGCCUCAGCUGUAUGCUGUGGCUCGCUGCCCCCAGGCUGCCCUGGACACUGAUGUCCACUCUGCCUAGUGCUAGCCUGGGCAUGGGGACCCAAACAGACGAGGUGUAGGUCCCACCCUCGAGGGACUCUCAGCUAGAAGGAGAGGCACACACACUCCAGCCCAGCUGUCCAGAUGUUGGUGGGCACCUAUUUCUCAGAUGAGGAACCUGAGGCUGAGAAAAGGGCGGCAAGCCUUCGGGGUCACCCAGCAGAAGGAUGCAGAGCCAGAGAGGCCGGGACCCCCCCAUCAUGCGGCGUGGGGCCCUCGGCACUGUGGUGGCUGUGGUGGGCAGCCCACGCGAAGAGGCAGGCAACAGUCUGGUCCAGGGAAAGAGGCAGAAAGUGAGAGGUUGGAGAAAAGCCGAGCCCGCAUCACUGCUGGGGAGGUCGAGUCUCAGAGGGGAGGAAUCUGCCCCAGGUAACACAGGUGGCGAUGGGAGAAUGAGAAGAAGGGGGGCUCCUGCUCCCAGCCAGAGCCCCGUCUUCCUGCUCCAUGGAGCUUCAGGGAGGCCGCACAGAGGGACACUGCACUUCCAAGGGUCAGACCACAGGGCCAGCAGCGCCCAUAAGGGAGGGGUCAGUGUAGGUGGGCCUCUUUGGGAGGCUUUCUGGAGGACGUGGAGGGGGUUCCCCAAGGCAGGUGAGCAGGGCCCAGCAGUCAUGCCCUGCCACGGGGCUGGUGGUGGCCUCUCCUCUAGGGGCUCAGCUGCCCCCAGCAGUGAGGCUGCCUCAUCUACCGGCAGGCAGCCAACGGCCCUCUUGCUUCACACACGCGGAGCCCCAGGGGCAGGCGAACCGGCUGACCCCUGCUUGGCUGCGGCUGAGCUCUGGGCACCCGCUCGGUGCAGGUUCACCUUCUGUCCGAGAGAGCCUGUGCGCUGGGGCUCACUCUGCCCUGUGGGGAAGACGGCUCACGCUCGCACGCAUGCACACAGACACACACACUCACACCCGCACACACAGAGGCUCACAGACCCAUACGCCCAGGCACAUGAGGCCUGGGGGCUGGGGAAACGGAAGGACCCUCCAACACUUGGUCCUCGGAAGGUGCGGUUCCCGUGAGCCUCUUGGCUGGCACCCCACCCUGACCAGGGUCCUGGGGGACGCCCAGCCCAGCCAGGUGUGGGGACUGGGCCACCGGCCAUUCCUGUUUUCCUUGUACAGACUCUCACUGCCCACCCGCCAUCCCCAGACACAUUUUAUUUAAUGACUUGUCAUUGUUAAAUUAUUUAUUAGCGUUUACCACGUCACCACCCUGACCCUGCCCUCCACUCUCACCUUCUGCCUCUUCCCACAAAAGCAGAAAAUGGAAACAAACAAAAAAAAAAGAUGAGACAUCAGUAUAUUUGUAAAUAAACCAACCUGUA